CACACUCGCAUUUCUCAUUUCUUACUUCUAGUCUAAAUUAGAUAGCAAGACGUAGUGCCGGAGCUCACAGUUCGCACCGAAUUAGUUUGAAGUACUAGCGGUAGUUAAACAGCAAAUCUGAAAUUCAACAUGGAGUCCCCUCCAGAUCCAGCAAGCGACCCGGGCAACAGCGCCUCGGAGCCGGCUACCCCGGUCAGGGAAACCCCGGUAAACCUGGAGACGCUCCGAAAAGCGAACCAUCCAGCCCCGGUUCGGAGGCAGACCUGCUCCAGCACCAACAAAGGUAUCUCAGUAACAAAGAAGACGCAUACCUGUGUGUUGUCUAAAUACAAUAUGGAUGUGCCGAGCCGCCUGUGUACUCCAGUGCUGGGAGACUAUUUGCUGAAGGUCAUGUGGGAUCAUAGCAUGCCAUUAAUAAUUCCUGAAAGCAUCCAACAUCUCCAUCUGUUCUGCUGCAUCCAUCGCUCCACUUCAAAGACAAAGGCAGCAUCUGCAGCUCAAAUCGAAAUAAUUCCCUGCAAGAUCUGUGGAGACAAAUCAUCAGGCAUCCAUUACGGUGUGAUAACAUGUGAAGGCUGUAAGGGCUUCUUCAGGAGGAGUCAGCAGAGCAAUGCAGCCUACUCCUGCCCCCGUCAGAAGAACUGCCUGAUCGACCGCACCAGCCGCAACCGCUGCCAGCACUGCCGGCUGCAGAAGUGCCUGGCAGUGGGCAUGUCACGAGAUGCGGUGAAGUUUGGCCGCAUGUCGAAGAAGCAGCGGGACAGCCUGUACGCUGAGGUGCAGAAGCACAGGCUGGCGCAGGCGCAGCGUGAACACCAACAACAGCCAGGAGAGGCGGAGCCACUCACACCUAGCUAUGGCCUCUCAGCCAAUGGCCUCACAGAGCUCCAUGACGACCUCAGCGGCUACAUGGAUGGUCACACUCCUGAUGGCAGCAAACCAGACUCUGCCGUCAGCAGCUUCUACCUGGACAUCCAGCCGUCUCCUGACCAGUCAGGCCUGGACAUCAACGGCAUCAAACCAGAGCCCAUCUGCGACUUUGCCCCCGGCUCUGGCUUCUUCCCCUACUGCUCCUUCACCAACGGAGAAACCUCCCCUACAGUGUCUAUGGCUGAACUAGAGCACCUGGCCCAGAACAUCUCCAAGUCCCACAUGGAGACAUGUCAGUACCUGAGGGAGGAGCUGCAGCAGAUGACCUGGCAGGCCUUCCUGCAGGAGGAGGUGGAGAGCUACCAGAGCAAGCCCCGGGAAGUCAUGUGGCAGCUGUGUGCUAUCAAAAUAACGGAGGCCAUUCAGUAUGUGGUGGAGUUCGCCAAGCGCAUCGACGGCUUCAUGGAGCUGUGUCAGAACGAUCAGAUAGUGCUGCUGAAAGCAGGCUCUUUGGAAGUUGUGUUUGUCAGAAUGUGCCGUGCCUUUGACUCGCAAAACAACACCGUCUAUUUUGAUGGAAAGUAUGCCGGACCUGAUGUGUUCAAGUCAUUAGGCUGUGACGAUUUGAUCAGCUCCGUCUUCGAGUUUGGGAAAAACUUGUGUUCUAUGCACCUGUCUGAGGAUGAGAUCGCCCUGUUCUCCGCCUUCGUGUUGAUGUCUGCUGACCGGUCUUGGCUCCAGGAGAAAGUGAAGGUGGAGAAACUCCAGCAGAAGAUCCAACUGGCCCUCCAGCACGUCCUGCAGAAGAACCACAGAGAGGAUGGUAUUCUUACAAAGUUGAUAUGCAAAGUGUCGACACUGCGAGCGCUGUGCAGUAGGCAUACAGAGAAGCUUACCGCUUUCAAAGCAAUAUACCCAGACAUUGUGCGUGCCCACUUCCCUCCCUUAUACAAGGAGCUGUUCGGAUCAGACUUUGAGCAGUCCAUGCCCGUUGACGGGUAGCAGCCCUGCCAGGUGCCAGUGUGCCCACCGUAGGGGAAUGUGGAGGAGGAAUCUGAGACACUUUAUUGGUGCCCUGCACACACCAGAGCGGACAGAUGGCACGCUGUUCAACUUCUUCUUUUACAUCGGAGGGGAGGGCUUAGGGAGUUGAUUCUCAAGGUUUACUUUAUUGAAUUUUAGUUCUCUUUGGAAGACUUGUGGGACCCAACACCCCAUGGGACCUGAAGAGGAAAUAGGGACAAAUAAUUUCUGUCUGGUUGAACUUGACCCUCUUUUGCGCAUUUCCAACAUAAUUCACUUUAUUCAGUCAUUUUCACCAGUAUUUAUUGCAUUGCCUUUAAUAUGAUUUACCUGUUCAUAUGACUUGUAAUAGUACAAACUAUUACCAAGUCUUUGGAAUUAAAAAAGCAGAACACGUCUUCAAUUAGAAGAUAAAUCUGCAUCAGUAUUAUUUUUCACAUUGCAUUCCCAAAACGUUUUAGUAUUUCCCCUUCAAAACUAUGAAUAGUCAUAUCCCUUACCCCCCCUAACUGAAACAAACUUAAAAUGCGCACAUUUUGGUCAAGUUCAGCCCCUUUUUCUCUUGUGUUCAGUCGUAUAUAUUUUGGACGCAGUACUUGGAAUGAAAACUCACAGCGACUUUGAGGGAGGGUCUGUCGGCAUGGUGAUGCAAUCGGCACCUCUCUAUGGACAAUCGUUUAAAAAAAAAGAAAAAAGAAGCAUAGAAUUCUGGUAAUUCUAAUGAAAAUGCAAUGAUUUUAGCUGUCAAAGACUCCAUCCACCAUUGUUGCAUAGUGAAAUCAUGUAAGGCCAUCUGCUAUUAAUCCUUCUCUGGACUGGUGCCCUGGAAAGCACGGGGCACCAACACAAUGAAAAGGGUCCAUUCCACCUGUUUUAUAAUGUACUACAGGGUAUAUGGUCAUAAGUACUUACUAUACAGAAAAAAAGUAAUGUUUAUAGAAUCUAUUUUAAAUAACAUGUAUGAUAUUAGUAGUUAGGCCAUUCUUAACUGUUGAAUUGAUAAGGCACUUUUAUUUACACCUUUCUUUAAUUUAAGAAUUGUAUAUUUACCUAGUGAUGUGUUGCAUGUGCACAAGAAAUACAAGUUGAACCAUGGUCACAGAGGCUAGUCCUGGGAGCUGCAGAUGAUUCUAGUGUGGAAGUGUAAGGGCUGUCUGUUAGCGUGAGGCUGCUGGUUGGAGAACAAAGAGGCAUGGAUGAGAAGGCAGGGUGAAAGGAGCACCUUUUACCUCAGCCUGCAUGUAACCUCUCAAAAUAUAGCUCUGAUAAUCCUUUUUAGCAGAAGUGAACACGGACGAAAACAGCCAACAAACCUUUUAGUGGCGUAACAGUCUUCUUCCUUCUUUAUUUUAGUUAUGAACAGACCUGCAUUUGUUUAAACCUUUUUUAAAGACAAGAAAACUGAGGUAUUGCAUGGUGACACAAUGGCAUUCAUACACUUCUUUUUUUUUAAUGAUAUCUGGUUCUUAUUUGCCUUUCAAAAAUCGCACGUAUUAUACAAAGAAGGCUACAAGGAAACAUCUCAGUCUGGUAGUGCGGUCGGACUGGAGAGAUCCAAACAUCGACUCAUACACACAUAGACUGUAAUCCAAUUGUUCCAUCUAGUGGAAGGUAAAGAUACAGCAGGCAAACUGACAGCCUAAUGACAAACAUACAAGGUCUAACCUUAAAGCACAUUCAUGAGCCUCUGUCAAAAUGUUUGGAGUGUUUUUUUUGUUGUUUUUCGAGUUACUUUAUCUGCCUUCUCACCGCAGCCUCAGCCACGCCACAACAGGACACAGAAGAAACAGUGAAGGGAAAGUGAAUAUUCAAAGCCUUGUCUGGUAGUAAAGCUUCUAUUUUUGUAACAUGUUUUGGUUAAUGAACUCAUGAAAGAGAACAAGGGAGAGAAAAAGAUGUCAGGUAGCACUUAACUAUAUUCCUGCAAUAAUUAGACUAGCUGUUGUUUGUAUGAUUAGGAGGAGAAACAUAAAAAUGGUAGGACAAGUGCUAUUUUCAGAAUGCUUUGUUGUCGUGCUUCUGUUUUGUUGAGUGUGUCUUUCUUGUCAGUGUGGUAGUAAAGUGGUAGAAAAAACCCUGGAUGUGCCAAACAGUAGUCGUUGCUUCUGCUUUCCAGUCUACUCGUCUAUAACGUAGAAUGGAUUCCUAAGACAUUCCAGCAAUCUCAGUAGCGGCUUCUAGAAAUAUCUUUAAAAAAAAAAGAGCGAGAAAAAAGAAAAAGAAAAAAAAUGAUACCCCUUUAGAAACCCAACAAAGCAUGUUGAUACAUCUGUCACCAACCGUAACAUAGCAUCCAGUUGUUUGUCUUUUGUUUUCUAUUUGCACACUAUCAUUCCUCUGCCGUGCAAUUUGUACAAGGUGUUAAUGCCUUGUGCUGUCACCCCUCAGGGAAGAGUUCCUUUUGCGCUUUCUGUUUUUAGAGGACAUUUGUUUGUAUUCAUUAGGUUUAGUUUGUGUUUUUGUCAGGGAUGUUCCAUGAGAAGUGGUUGAGAUUUAACAUUUGAAUAUUUAUCACAAUUUUACAUUAUUAUUAUUGUCUCUAAGGGGCCCCCAGCCACUAAGAAAACCACUGCGCCCCUGCAGUCAAGUUCAAGAAAAUCUCAUCUCAAAAAUAACAAACCCCAUCACUUUUUCAAGCUGCAGUUUUAUCAACACACAGCAUAUUCCUGUCACAAAAAAAAAAUCUGUUUUGGUUUAAAACGGUAUCAUCAGGGUCUUUAAAAAUGAUAACCCUCUUUGUUAGAGAAACCAAAUAUUCUUAUGCAAUACUAAAUCUGUUGUGUUUGGGUUGUAGUAGAUAUGCUGUACCUAAGUAAUAAUCUCUGUUUUGAUCCAAUGUUAUUUGGAUAUGCACAAGCCCUCUACGACUAGUAAACCUCAGUCUCCCAGCAAAAGAAACCCGUCUGGAACACUGCUAGACAAUCCAGCGAGAGCAUUGAGAGAGGAAGAGGUGUGAACGCUCAGGGAGGUAACAGGUAGACCGAAGAAGCAGCUCACUUUCCUCUGGAUGGAUGCAGAGCAUUUAAAUAGCUCUCAUCUGAAUUCAUGAGGUCUUUAAAAAAUCUCUUCAAAGCACUCGAUUGAUGAGAGGAUGCGGCGUAGCACACUGAACAGCACUUACUGUUCGGAUACUAAUUAAGAGCUGGAGGUUUGGCUGAUAUCCUGUUAUUUAUUUGCAAAAAAAAUCAGUUUGUUUCUUGAAAAUGAUUCUGUUAUUAUAAGCUAUUGUAAUAUCGCUUGGUGGUCACAUCAAAUAAUUAAGUAUUUUCUCAAAUAUUAUCAGCGAAGGUCUACCACCAAUACUUCUCUCAUAAAGUGAACAUUUGUUUUUCCUUCAAGUGGCAUGUAAUGUGUUCUACAAUAUUUAAAACGAGCAAUAUGCCUUGUGUUACAAUUACGGGUCUCUACAGUGCAGUCAUCACUCUAUUUGAAUUGACUUUACUCAUCCAGCUGAAACUGAUGAUGUUUACUCUGUCUAAAACAACAAGCCCCAUCACUCUGUUUUCAUCUUAUGUACUGGUAUGUUUGCGAUAUUGGCAGGAUAGCAGAAAAUGGUCAUCGGAUACAUGGUUACUUGUGUCCAAACAUUACCUGCGUCUUCACACAGGCCUGUAAAGUGAUGUCCUUCUGUAUAUUCUCAAUUGAGAUAUCCCAUUUUAGCAAGGGAUUGAUGCUAAGUGUGCUAUUCAAUCAGUGUAUAGUCUACAGUCAAAUGUGCUGGUCCUUCUGUCUCUGCUCUGUUGUCUGUGUGUAAAAAGCAAUAGUGUGUGUAUGAGUGUGUGUGUGUGUGUGUGUUUUUGUUCUCACAGUGUGUGAAUAAAAUAAACCCCAGACAAGGCUUUAAUAAUUACAAAGGAACAGGGUUAUAUGGACGAGGAUUUUAUUUUGGACUUUUUUUAAGAAUAUAAGGUUUUGGAAAUGCUCAGCUUGAUCCAUCCAUAAUAGGUGUAGGUUUCAAAAGCGUGACAUAAUGCCUUCAACAAUUCAGAGUCUGCAGAAUGCUGUGAGGCAACAUUGAGCAGCUUCACAGAGGAAACACAUUCGCUGUCGGUCGAGACAGCGCGGCCACGGCCUGAGCUGGAAAGAAUUGAAAUGAAUUCUGGAGUGUAAAUUGUGAAAAUGAGUCUUCUCGGCCGUAAAUUGUGAAGAUCAGCGUUAUGUCACGCUUAACGUUGUGCUGGAGUGUCGAUGUGUUAGCCAGAAUUAUGAGUCAGUCGUCACAUUUGAACAGAACUCAUUUUCCAAAGCACAGCUGAUAAGGAUUUAUGAUUAAAAAUAUGUUUAAGAGUAUAGUAAAAAAAAAAAAUGGAAAGCAACUUUUAGCCAUAAUCGAAUGUCAAGCAAUAAUAUAUGUCUGUGUAUUAUUUUUAAUCCUUUUGUGCAUAAUAGUCUUUGAACAUCUGCAUGUAAAUACACUUCUUAUUUAUCACAUUUUGGUUCAUUUUGUGUUGAUUUUGUGGAUGUUUUUAUGUUUCAUCUGUAUAUUUGACCAGUUCCGUUCCCAGGUGGAGAACUAAGAACUUGACAUGGCCUGUAUGCUGUAUAUCUUAUUUUCUCACUCUUUCUCUCUCCCUCAUCCUCGGCUGUUUAUUCACAAUAUUUAAUGUUAUUAUUGAUCACAUGUAUAAAGGUAGCUUUGUAAUUUCUGUCUGUAUAGGUAAGAGGAAAAUACUGCUACUAAAGGCCUACCCAGUGAAACUAUUUAUCUGUUUUUCAAUGACACCAUAUUGUACGAUAGCUCUGUUUCUAGUUUGCCUCCCUCUUUUAGGAUUAGUUUGAUAGCGACAGGGUGUGCUGACAUUUAUUUUGUGUUGCCAUGAUGUGUGGUGCUAGGUAAGUUAAUUUUGUGAACAAAGUAUUGAUUCCUAAGCCUGGCCACCCUAUUAGUCCAUUCAUUUCAUAGCAUAUUAAUGUAUUAUUGAUAUUAGGACUCAAUAAAUAAUAAAGAUAAUGAAAAUGAUAGUGGUAAAAAAAUACCCAGCCAGUACCUGUAUCAGUGUGCUCGUCUUGGGGUAAGGCACUUAUUUCCUUCUGACUUAUAGCAAAGCUAGUAUCUGCUAAUUAACAAGCUAUUUAAGGUUGCUCUUCUGGUUUGUGGAAAAAUGAUAAUAUUCAAACUGAAACAGCAGUAUAUUGUGUUUUUUUUUUCUUUGUCUGAUUGUAAAAACCACUCACUGAGGCUAUAGUUUGUCAGGUUUUAAGAUACUAAAUAUUUACCUCUCUUGUGUCUGCAUAGUUCUUCACCUGAUGCAGGGAAGUGGUGCUUGGAUUUUAAUAAACAGCGUCGGUAUGCUUUUGUUAUUCCCCAUUUUAGACUAUCCUAAGACUGGUUUAUUCAGACCAGUAGUGUAAACCUCUUGCACCACAUAAAGUGUUACAAAUUUACAUGAAAUAAUUGCCAUUUGAGGACAAAGUUGACCUUUUCUCUCCACUCUGUAGCAAAUAUCAGUGAGAAUAUGCUUGCAAUAAUACACAACGUAUCACACUGAGUGCCUCUCGGUGUAAGAAGAUGCAUACAUAGUUUUGAUUGUCUUUUUUUGUGGUUUUCCAGACGUUUAAUGAAGUGACAAUGUAUUUUGUACGAGGAGAAAUUCUCAACUCACAUGCUUUUUCAGAUUCUUUCUUUAUGUGAUGUUAAUCAUUUUCACAUGGGUUGAUGCGCUAUGUUAAAGGGUUUCAGUGUAUAGAUGGUCCGUUUAGAGAGUACAUGUCAUCCCUCACCUUGUUUUUUGAAAACCUAACUGGGAAGUUUGUUUCAUGUUGAUCUUGAAUGGUGAAAUAAAUGCUCGCAGACAAUGCUACAGAAAAGUUCACCUUUUUUUAAUCAGGCAAAACUUACAGGCAACCCACAUUUCUUCACUUUGUGCUUGUUUUAUAUCAACUUUUUUUAAUUUCACUGAGAUUUACUAAUGCAUUGUAUAUCAAGUAGUUGUAUGGGUUUGUAAAAGAGGCAUACAAUACAUCUGGAUUUCUUUAAUGUUCUGUGUUCAAUGUGCGCUCAAUGGUUGGGGUAACUUAACAUAAAGGGUGGGUGGAGCAGGGGUGCAUUCUUUUUCCAUGCAAAAGCAGUGCAAGUUAUGGGAAAGCUGAAACUAGUGUGUGGUUUUCACACAUUUCUAAGUCACACGUUUGCUACUGAUGUUAAAAUGGGGACAGAUGAUCAUGUAACUUUUUAUCCAGCUCUUUUGAAGUCUCUUUAGCAGGUAGUCUAUUCACAAACUUAGUUUUGCUCCUUCUUGUCUGAUUCUUAAAUAUGAAAAUAAGUAUUUUGAUUCAUUUUGUAAAUACAGCUGUAAAGAAAAAUAAGAAAUUUAAUGUUGUCUUUUAAAUACUUUUCAUUCUAAUAUGAAUGUUGUUAUAUUGUACUUAGAAACUGUACCUUUAAUAUUACCUUUAUUAAAAGUGCAUUGGACACAUCGAUUUUAGAUGUGCUUUAUGUGCUGUUAUCCCAUAAUAAAAUUUACCGCUUGUAAUGGG